AGCAAAUGGGUUGGUAGGAUUUUAGCCUGGAGACGCUUCACAGAACGUGGAGAUGAACGCAACUGAGAAGAUUUACCUUCCCGUUGAUGGCAUCCUCGAAAUGUUCAACUCUCUCACCGGGCAUCUUCAAUCAGGCAUUACGCACCCAGUUCUUAAGAGCGCAGCCAUUACCCCAGUAGCCCAGAACGCCAAAGUCUCACACAUAUCGAAGACAGGCAUGGCCAUCAUCAAGACGGGUAAAGGGCUCUGGAGACAACAAGAUAAAAGAGUGGUUGCAAGUAGAUCGAGUUCUGGCAAUCGGCAGGUUUCGACUGAUAAACUCCCAAAAAGGUCCGUGGAUCUGCUGGAGUUAGGUCUGACCAAGCCCAGGAACUGUCACAGAAUAGUUGUGCUUGGCUCACCCAAAGUAGGUAAAACCAACAUCCUCCAGUGGUUCUUGGGUAAGAAGUUUGAAGAGCACUACGAACCCACAACCGAGGAUUUCCACAGAAAACUGUUCCACAUAGGAGGGGAGGCAUAUCAGGUCGAUCUUCUGGACGCUGCAAGCGAGAGGGACUUCCCUGCUAAACGGAGGUUAUCCAUACUGACAGGUGACACCUUCCUGCUUGUGUUCAGUUUGAAUGACAGAGAGUCCUUCAAUGAAGUCUGUGAGCGGCUCAACGAGAUCAAAGCUGCUAAGGCAAAGUUACUGAACAAAUUAAAACAUCCCGCAAGAGUACCACCAGUCGUGAUUUGCGGAAAUAAAGCGGACUUGGAGGCACAGAGGGCCGUCAGACGGUCAGAGGUAACAGAAAUUCUCGGCGAGGACGUCGCGUUCUUCGAAACCUCUGCUAAAGAAGGUACCGGAAUGGAAGGUGUGUUCACGGCCCUAGCCACUCUGGGCGGAAUGCCUGUCGAGACGAGUCCGUCACGGCACCAGAUCAUAUCCAUCCUCACCUAUCAGUCGAUGUGCAUCGGCCAGCGAGGCAGGAGAGGGAACCGUGGACUCGGUGCGCCCUGUGCCGCCGUCGAUCCUCUGGCUGUCCGCCCGAGCUUCACCAGCGACCUGCGGCUGGUGCUAGAAUCAAGCACCAAGCACAACAAACCCAACAAACCCGAGAUGUGUCAGAUUCAAUGAAUUGUGAGCCUUCUCGAUAAACCAAUUGCAGUAGUAUGCUGCAAUUUCAUAUUAUGUAAGGAGUUAUACUCCGUAUAGCACCUGGCUGGACCAGUGCAAUCAUCUUUUG